AUGUCGGACAGAACUGCUCCUGAAUCUCAACUUCGUCUUGAGUGGGUUUACGGCUACCGUGGUCACCAGUGUCGGAAUAAUGUCCAUUAUACAUCAACCGGUCGCGGAGGGUCCGGCAUCAUUGUCUAUUUUGUGGCUGGAGUGGCCAUAGUUUAUUCUAUCCGGCAACAUUCGCAGAAAUUCUUCCUGGGACACGAUGACGAUAUUCUCAGUUUGUGUUUGCAUCCAGACAACACAUUGGUUGCCACAGGCCAAGUUGGAAGAGCACCUUACAUUUGUGUGUGGGAUUCUAGCAGCAUGAAAACCAUUUCUUACCUUAAAGACCAACACCAACAUGGCAUUGGUGCCAUGUGCUUUGACAAAGAAGGCAGUCGUCUUGUAUCUGUUGGGAUAGAUCCACAUUCUACCAUCAAUGUUUGGGAUUGGAAGAAAGGUAAAGUUCUGGCUUCUGCUAGAGGACACAAUGACAGAGUUUUCGAUAUCCAGUUCAAUUUAUUUCAAGAAAAUGAGAUUGUGAGUUGUGGUGUGAAGCACAUCAAAUUCUGGACCCUCUGUGGAAAUUCUUUGCAAUCCAAGAAAGGAGUUUUUGGUAAAGUAGGUGAAAUCCAGACACAGUUGUGUCUGGCAUUUGGUCCAAACCAGACUACAUACUCUGGCACUCUCUCAGGGGAUAUCUAUGUGUGGUGUGGAAAUAAUUUACAGAGCGUCAUUUCAGAUGCCCAUGAGGGUCCAGUCUACACUUUGUACAUGAGUGAAGAGGGUUAUGCCUCUGGGGGUAAAGAUGGAAUAAUCAAACUCUGGGAUGGAAGUUUUAAAACCAUUACCACAAUUAACAUGACAACAAUACAAAAUGGAUACAAAGGUCUGUGUAUUCGCAGUGUUUGUUGGAAAGGAGAAAUGGUCUUGGUUGGCACAAAAGAUGGUGAAAUCUUUGAAGUUUCUGUUCAUGAUCGAAAUAAACCGCAGUGUUUGGUUCAAGGCCAUGCAGAAGGGGAACUGUGGGCGUUAGCUAUUCACCCAAAGAAACCAAUAUUUGCUACUGGCAGUGAUGACCAAACUUUGAGAUUUUGUCACAUGAACAAUUUUGAACUUCUCUCCAAGACGACAUUGGAUCACAAGAUUCGGUCUUGCAGCUUUGAUAAUGAUGGCGGACAUAUCGCUGUGGGCUUUGAUGAUGGAUCCUUUGCUGUAUUGAAAUCUAGAGAUCUGUCUGAAGUUGUUCAUAUCAAAGAUCGUAAAGAAGUCCUUCAUGAGAUGAAAUACUCUCCAUGUGGAAAAUUUCUUGCCGUUGCCUCAAAUGACAACUUUGUUGAUAUCUACUCAAUUGAACAACGCUAUAAAAAAGUUGGUGUCUGUUCUGGUAAUUCCAGUUUCAUCACUCACAUUGACUGGUCCAUAGAUAGCAAAUUUUUACAGACAAAUAGUGGUGCUGCUGAGAGACUCUUUUACCGAAUGCCAAGUGGCAAACAUACAACAAACCGUGAGGAAAUUGCAAACAUCAAAUGGGCUUCAUUCACCGGAGUUCUUGGAGAUGAAGUAAGUGGAAUUUGGGAAAAAUAUACAGACACAAAUGACAUCAAUGCUGUGGAUGCUAACUUUGAUGGUCAGGUGCUUGUUACUGGGGAUGAUUUUGGAUUGGUCAAACUUUUUCGGUACCCAUGUCUGAGAAAAGGAUCCAAAUUUCGGAAAUACAAUGGUCACUCUGCCCAUGUGACAAAUGUCCGCUUCUCCCAUGACAAGCAAUGGGUCAUCACCAUUGGGGGUGCUGACCAUGCAGUGUUUCAAUGGAAGUUGUUACCACCAGGUCUUAUAAACACUGACAGUGAUGUCCAGCCACAACAUGUUGCAAACUCCAAUAGUGAAGAUAGUGAUUCUGACCUUUCUGAAGUGGCUGACUUGGACUCUGACCUUGAAGUUGAGAAACAAGUGACUUAUGACCGUAGAGUGUACCAGGAGGAUGCAGCUGUCCUGAAAAAAUUAUCACGCAAUGAAAUGAAGCCUGGAGAAAAGCGACAAGGUGGGCCUGACCGGGGUCUCAGACUGGAAUAUGUGUAUGGAUAUCGUGGCUAUGAUUGUCGAAAUAAUAUCUUCUACACAAAAACUGGAAAUGUAGUGUACCAUAUUGCAGCAGUUGGAAUAGUCUUGAAUCGAGAAACUAAUGUUCAAAAGCUAUACCUUGGACACACAGAUGAUAUCUUAUGCCUGUGCAUCCACCCACUCAAAGACAUUGUGGCCACUGGACAGGUUGGGCGAGAUCCUAUGAUACAUGUUUGGGAUGUUGAUACAAUGAAAUCCAUGUCGGUGCUUAAGGGCCAUCAUGAAAGAGGAAUUUGUGCUGUAGAUUUUUCAGGUCUCUGGUGA